AUGCACCCUAUAGAAUUAGAUGAUCAUAUAUCUCCUUUCGACGACCUUAAAGAAGGGUCAGACAAGCCACAUAAACCUGUAAUUUUUGAUAAAAAGGAAGAAAAAGGGGUAACAGAAAAACCAGCUCUAGCUGAAAAACAAACAAAGCCUGACAAAUAUUUGAUGGCUCCUCUCGAUGACCUUAAAGAAACUUUAGACGAACCAAAGCAACCCGUAGUAUCCGAUAAAAAAAAAGAUAAAGCAGUAAUAGAUACACCUUCUGUAAUUGAGAAACCAUUAAAGUCAGUCAUACACAGUCCAGACAAAGAUUUAACCAUGUCUCCUGAAAAAGUGCACCCUAUAGAACUAGAUGCUCAUAAAUCUCCCCUCGGUGACGUUAAAGAAGAGUCAGACAAGCCACAUAAACCUGUAAUUCCUGAUAAAAAGGAAGAAAAAGGGGUAACAGAAAAACCAGCUCUAACUGACAAACAAACAAAGCCUGACAAAGAUUUGACGGCUCCUCUCGGUGACCUUAAAGAAACUUUAGACGAACCAAAGCAACCUGUAGUAUCCGAUAAAAAAGAAGAUAAAGCAGUAACAGAUACACCUUCUGUAAUUGAGAAACCAUUAAAGUCUGUCAUACACAGUCCAGACAAAGAUUUAACCAUUUCUCCUGAAAAGGUGCACCCUAUAGAAUUAGACGAUCAUAUAUCUCCUUUCGACGACCUUAAAGAAGGGUCAGACAAGCCACAUAAACCUCCUGACAAAGAUUUGAUGGCUCCUCUCGAUGACCUUAAAGAAACUUUAGACGAACCAAAGCAACCCGUAGUAUCCGAUAAAAAAGAAGAUAAAGCAGUAAUAGAUACACCUUCUGUAAUUGAGAAACCAUUAAAGUCUGUCAUACACAGUCCAGACAAAGAUUUAACCAUGUCUCCUGAAAAGGUGCACCCAAUAGAAUUAGAUGAUCAUAAAUCUGGCCUCGUUGACGUUAAAAAAGAGUCAGACAAGCUACAUAAACCUGCAAUUCCUGAUAAAAAGGAAGAAAAAGGGGUAACAGAAAAACCAGCUCUAACUGACAAACAAACAAAGCCUGACAAAGAUUUGAUGGCUCCUCUCGGUGACCUUAAAGAAACUUUAGACGAACCAAAGCAACCCGUAGUAUCCGAUAAGAAAGAAGAUAAAGCAGUAAUAGAUACACCUUCUGUAAUUGAGAAACCAUUAAAGUCUGUCAUACACAGUCCAGACAAAGAUUUAACCAUUUCUCCUGAAAAGGUGCACCCUAUAGAAUUAGACGAUCAUAUAUCUCCUUUCGACGACCUUAAAGAAGGGUCAGACAAGCCACAUAAACCUCCUGACAAAGAUUUGAUGGCUCCUCUCGAUGACCUUAAAGAAACUUUAGACGAACCAAAGCAACCCGUAGUAUCGGAUAAGAAAGAAGAUAGAGCAGUAAUAGAUACACCUUCUGUAAUUGAGAAACCAUUAAAGUCUGUCAUACACAGUCCAGACAAAGAUUUAACCAUGUCCCCUGAAAACGUGCACCCUAUAGAAUUAGAUGAUCAUAUAUCUCCUUUCGACGACCUUAAAGAAGGGUCAGACAAGCCACAUAAACCUGUAAUUCCUGAUAAAAAGGAAGAAAAAGGGGUAACAGAAAAACCAGCUCUAACUGACAAACAAACAAAGCCUGACAAAGAUUUGAUGGCUCCUCUCGGUGACCUUAAAGAAACUUUAGACGAACCAAAGCAACCCGUAGUAUCGGAUAAGAAAGAAGAUAGAGCAGUAAUAGAUACACCUUCUGUAAUUGAGAAACCAUUAAAGUCUGUCAUACACAGUCCAGACAAAGAUUUAACCAUGUCCCCUGAAAACGUGCACCCUAUAGAAUUAGAUGAUCAUAUAUCUCCUUUCGACGACCUUAAAGAAGGGUCAGACAAGCCACAUAAACCUGUAAUUCCUGAUAAAAAGGAAGAAAAAGGGGUAACCGAAAAAUCAGCUCUAACUGACACACAAACAAAGCCUGACAAAGAUUUGACGGCUCCUCUCGAUGACCUUAAAGAAACUUUAGACGAACCAAAGCAACCCGUAGUAUCCGAUAAAAAAGAAGAUAAUGCAGUAAUAGAUACACCUUCUGUAAUUGAGAAACCAUUAAAGUCUGUCAUACACAGUCCAGACAAAGAUUUAACCAUGUCUCCUGAAAAGGUGCACCCUAUAGAAUUAGAUGAUCAUAUAUCUCCUUUCGACGACCUUAAAGAAGGGUCAGACAAGCCACAUAAACCUCCUGACAAAGAUUUGAUGGCUUCUCUCGAUGACCUUAAAGAAAUUUUAGACGAACCAAAGCAACCCGUAGUAUCCGAUAAAAAAGAAGAUAAAGCAGGAAUAGAUACACCUUCUGUAAUUGAGAAACCAUUGAAGUCUAUCAUACACAGUCCAGACAAAGAUUUAACCAUGUCUCAUGAAAAGGUGCACCCUAUAGAAUUAGAUGCUCAUAAAUCUCCUUUCGACGACCUUAAAGAAGGGUCAGACAAGCUACAUAAACCUGUAAUUCCUGAUAAAAAGGAAGAAAAAGGGAUUUGA